AUGGAGGUGGAAGCGGCGGAGGCCCGGGCUCCGGGCCCCGGCUACAAGCGCUCGGGCCGUCGCUACAAGUGCCUGUCCUGUGCUAAGACGUUUCCAAAUGCGCCCCGGGCGGCCCGCCACGCCGCCACCCACGGGCCCGCGGAUGGCGCGGAGGAGGCGGCAGGGACGAGGCCGAAGCCAGAGGCGGAGGCUGCAGCGGAGGACGCCGGCGGGGACAAAGCAGCGGGGGCAGCCGCCAAGCCCCGGCCGUACGCGUGCCCGCUGUGCCCCAAGGCCUACAAGACGGCGCCGGAGCUGCGCAGCCACGGGCGCAGCCACACGGGCGAGAAGCCCUUCCCGUGCCCCGAGUGCGGCCGCCGCUUCAUGCAGCCCGUGUGCCUGCGCGUGCACCUGGCCUCGCACGCCGGCGAGCUGCCCUUCCGCUGCCCGCACUGCCCCAAGGCCUACGGCGCGCUCUCCAAGCUCAAGAUCCACCAGCGCGGGCACACGGGCGAGCGGCCCUACGCCUGCGCCGACUGCGGCAAGAGCUUCGCCGACCCCUCGGUGUUCCGCAAGCACCGGCGCACGCACGCCGGCCUGCGGCCCUACGGCUGCGAGCGCUGCGGCAAGGCCUACGCCGAGCUCAAGGACCUGCGCAACCACGAGCGGUCCCACACGGGGGAGCGCCCCUUCCUCUGCUCCGAGUGCGGGAAAAGCUUCUCCCGAUCGUCCUCGCUCACCUGCCACCAGCGCAUCCACGCCGCGCAGAAGCCCUAUCGCUGCCCCGCCUGCGGCAAGGGCUUCACGCAGCUCAGCUCCUACCAGAGCCACGAGCGCACCCACUCGGGCGAGAAGCCCUUCCUGUGCCCGCGCUGCGGCCGCAUGUUCUCCGACCCCUCCAGCUUCCGGCGCCACCAGCGGGCACACGAGGGCGUGAAGCCCUACCGCUGCGAGAAGUGCGGCAAGGACUUCCGGCAGCCCGCCGACCUGGCCAUGCACCGGCGGGUGCACACCGGCGACCGGCCCUUCAAGUGCCCGCAGUGCGACAAGACCUUCGUGGCCUCCUGGGACCUGAAGCGCCACGCGCUGGUGCACUCGGGCCAGCGGCCCUUCCGCUGCGAGGAGUGCGGGCGGUCCUUCGCCGAGAGGGCCAGCCUCACCAAGCACAGCCGCGUGCACUCAGGCGAGCGCCCCUUCCACUGCAGCGCCUGCGGCAAGUCCUUCGUGGUGUCCUCCAGCCUGCGGAAGCACGAACGGACGCACCGGAGCAGCGAGGCCCCGGGCGCCGCCCCGCAGCAGGAGCUGGUGGUGGGCCUGGCGCUGCCCGUCAGCGUGGCCGGCGAGGGCUCGGCGGCCCCCGCGGCAGGGCCAGGCCUGGGGGACCCUCCGGCCGGGCUGCUGGGGCUGCCCCCGGAAUCGGGCGGCGUGAUGGCCACCCAGUGGCAGGUGGUGGGCAUGACGGUGGAGCAUGUGGAGUGCCAGGAUGCUGGGGUCGGGGAGGCGCCUGGUCCCCUGGCGGGGACGGGAGAGGAGGCGGACGAGAAGCCUCCGCAGUUCGUGUGCCGGGAGUGCAAGGAGACGUUCUCCACGCUGACUCUGCUGCGCAGGCACGAGCGCUCACACCCGGAGCUCCGGCCCUUUCCCUGCACCCAGUGUGGCAAGAGCUUUUCAGACCGGGCCGGGCUGCGCAAGCACAGCCGCACGCACAGCGCGGUGCGCCCCUACGCCUGCCCCCACUGCCCCAAGGCCUUCUUGAGUGCCAGCGACCUGCGCAAGCACGAGCGCACCCACCCUGUGUCCAUGGAGACCCCCGCGCCUCUGGAGCCCCUGGUGGCUCUGCUAGGAAUGCCUGAUGAGGGGCCAGCCUGA